AUGGCAACAACAAACACGGGUCGUCCAUGGUCUUCAACAACACGUCGUUCAGAUGAACAUAUUUUAAAGAAUUCUGUAAAAAAUAAUUAUCGGAUACAAAGUACUCCUCCACUUUCUAUUCAACAAUAUUUACGUUUUGCUUCUGGCGUAAUUGCUGGUAAUAAAGAAUGGCAACCAUCUGGUAAAUAUCGUCCGCCUCCAUUUCGUCUUUAUCUAUCACCUGAAGCUCGAAAACAACCAUGUCAAUCUGAACCUAUAUGGCAACCAACUGGACCUUAUCGACAAAAACGACCAACAUCACUUAGUCCAGAAAAAAGAAAAGAAAAAACUAUUCAAGAACCUAUUUGGCAUCCACCAGGAAAAAAACGAGACAAACCUGUGUCUUAUUUUGAUCCACCUAGUUUACGAUGGUCACUUCAAAAUCUUUUACGAUCAAUGCCCGAUAUGAGAACAAAAUCAUGUCGUACAUCGAGUAGUAUAUCAAACGUACGACAAAGUGAACCAAUUGAAGAAACAUAG